CUGCGCAUGCGCGUUGAAUGGUAAAACGCAAGGUGGGAAAAUUCGUUCUAUCGCUUUCAACUGUGGAUUAGUAACAAAAUCAUGUGUUUUGAAGGAAAUUAGAACCUCUAUGGAGACCAGUAACCGCCUCAGCUAAAACUUGAUUCACCAUGAAGAUCGCAGUAGAAGGCUGUUGCCACGGCGAGCUGGACAAGAUUUAUGAGACCAUCGAGUAUCUGGAGAAGAAGGAGUCGAUCAAAGUGGAUCUGCUGCUCUGCUGUGGAGACUUCCAGGCGGUGCGGAAUGAGGGAGACUUGAAGUGCAUGGCGGUGCCUGCCAAGUACCGGACUAUGCAGACAUUUUACAAGUAUUACUCUGGAGAGAAGAAGGCUCCAAUUCUCACCAUCUUUAUCGGAGGGAACCAUGAGGCUUCCAACCACCUGCAGGAGUUGCCGUACGGAGGCUGGGUUGCUCCAAACAUUUAUUACCUUGGUUAUGCUGGUGUCGUCCGCUAUAAAGGGAUCAGGAUCGGUGGCCUGUCUGGAAUCUAUAAAUCACACGACUACAGAAAGGGUCGCCACGAAUUUCCUCCGUAUAAUCCCGAAACGCUCCGGAGUGUGUACCACAUCAGGAAUAUGGAGGUGUUUAAACUGAAACAGAUCCAGAUGCCCAUAGACAUUUUCAUGAGCCAUGACUGGCCUCGAAAAAUCUACCACUAUGGAAACACGGAAGAUCUGUUGCGGAAGAAGAAGUUCCUGCGGUCGGAAGUGGAGACCAACACACUGGGAAGUCCGGCUGCUGAGGAGCUGUUGGCCCAUUUGCAGCCCAGCUUCUGGUUCUCUGCACAUCUCCAUGUAAAGUUUGCUGCUGUCAUUCAGCAUCCACCUAAGGGCAACGCAGCCCCACGUGUCACCAAGUUCCUGUCUCUGGAUAAAUGUCUCCCCUACAGAGAGUUUUUGCAGAUUGUUGAUAUUCCAGACAGAUCGAGUUCAUCUGAAGGUCUGGAAUAUGACCCAGAGUGGUUUGCUGUUCUAAAAGCCACCAACAAUUUACAGGUGACCACUCCUCAGCGCUGGAACCCCCCAGAGAAUAACGGCUUGCACGAACGGUGGGACUUCAGAGCUUCGGAGGCGGACAUGAUGCUGGUGAUGGAGGAUCUCAGCGGGGAACUCGGCAUUCCAGACAACUUCAGCCGAACCGUCCCGCCGUACGACCCCGGCCACCCCCAGCCACACGCCCCCCCGAGCUACAACACCAACCCACAAACGACAGAGCUCUGCGCCAAGCUGGGCCUCACAGACAUCUACUGUAAGGUCGGACAGAGAGGCGACGACGCAGGCAGGUCCCAGAGCGCCACCAGGGGAGACGAGGAUGAGGAUGAAAGUCUGGAUGAACCCAGCGAGUAUCCCACGGAUACUUCAGGGUUGUCCAGUUCUUUCAACCCUGAUGAGAUCACCAUCGAAGACGAGUGGGAAGAAGAAGAGGAGGAGGAAGGAACAAAGGCGGACAUGCCCUCAGAUACCCACACCCCCAAUUGGUUGGUCCUGCCAGAGCCCAAAUCUACCGUCUCCCCCUCCGUCCUGAUGGACCCGCCACCCCCCUCCCACUCUACCCCCAGAACUCCUCCCACUCAGCCGGAGGGCGAACAGGAAGGACGAUGCGGUGACGAGGAGGCCGCCACUCGCAUCCUGAAGCGGGGCAGCGGCGAAGCGGGAAGCAGGAACACGACUCCGAGAAUCAAACGCAGGAACCAGGUCAUUUACCAGACCACGGACGAUGAUGAGUGCGAGGGUUAGAACGCAGGAAGCGGACUUCUUUAUUAAGAUGUCUUUUUAUGUGUUUUAAACAGAGUUGAAUCAUUUUAGAAAACAGGUUGAAUUUCAGUUAUUUUUGGUAAUAGGAAAUUCUAAUUUAAUGGCAAAGAUUAAAGAAGCUGAAAAUGUCUUUUGUUUAUUUGUUUGUUUGUUUUUUAAAUAAUCCACCAUUAAAACUAAAAACGUUAA